CUCUUAUUUACAGAAUAACAGUACGUCUGAUCAUUUCCAAUUCCAUGUAUAUAAGACACUACUCAACAAAAUAAUUACUGAUCCAUUAGGGAUAACUUUAAAUUUGAGAAAUAUUGCAACCUAACAACACAAAAUAUAUAAAAAUGUUACACUACACUACAGUGCUCUGAAAAAUUCUGCCUUUUUCUACUUUAGACAAAAAUAACUGACUUCAUUCAGAUGUCAAUGAUACUAAUGCCAAAGUUGACAAUUCAUGUACUUUCCAACACACAUAAAGUCAUAGUGUUUGAUUAAACCUUUUUAUUGUGAGUAAUAUUUAUUUCAUUGAAAUGUUUAUUGCUUAUUUUCCAUGAUUGACUCCAUAUCAAUACUGUUGCAUGUGGUUAGCUGGAAGUAGAGUCAUUUCAAAGCAAGUGUUAGUUUUUCUGGCCACUUACUAAAAUUUGUAAUCAAACUGUACAUAUUUACGUGAAGAGAAAAAUGUUGCUGUAAACAACUGUGAUCAGAUAAAUCUUUCUUACUUCUGCACUGCAACUUUUUCUUAAAAUGUCGACAUAACAUCCAGUUGCUGCAAAUUUUUUGUGUAUAUCCUUAACUCCUUAAGAUCAAAAUUAUUAUCAAAACUAUCCCCUUCUUAGUGUAAGUAUAAAAUCAAAUCAUUUACCUGCAUUUUUUUCAAAGGAGAUCAAGGAAGGAUGAUCGCGGAUACCAAAAACAUUAAAAAGCGUAAGAAUGGUCGCGUAAUCUCAAAACGAUAUAAUCAAAUCAUUUACCUACAUUUUAUUCAAAGGAGAUCAAGGAAUGAUGAUCGCGGAUACCAAAAACAUUAAAAAGCGUAAGAAUGGUCGCGUAAUCUCAAAACAAUAAAAAUUGUGAUAUAUUCCCAAAGGGUUUUUAAAGUUUGUUAAAUUACGAUUAAGUCUGAAAAAUACAUACAGCCCUUUUAAUUCCGUGUACGAGUAUAUAUGUUACUAUUUUUUUUUGAGCAUAUUUUCUUCGACAUUGGACUGAUUUGGAUUCAACAUACUUCGUUUUAUGCCUUUAAAAAAUCAGAAUUAAAAUAUUAUAUAAACAUUUUGCAAAAAAAGUUCUAAUUCGCACAGCAUAAAUUAUCUGAAAAAAAAAUAUUCACAAAUAAUAGACAAUGUCAACGCAUCCUAUUGUUUACAAAUGAACUAUUAUGAAUAAGUCUUGGAAAAGUAUGCUAAAAAAUCGGCACAUCAAAGAAGGAUUUAUUUUGAAACAACAGAACAGAACAAAGGAUUCUAAUAUAUCAGAACAACGUUGAAGGAAUGAUUUAAAAGUUUGCUUGUUCAUUAUAUGGAUCUUGAGGAUUUAGGCUUCUACAGAACAUGAACAAAAACUUUCGUCAAUCUCAUUUACUCAAAAUAAAUAUGAAAAAGUUGUUGUUUUUACUCUGAGAGUUUUAUAUAGGUAACAUAAGACGUAAAAUUAACACAUUAUUAUAAUACGAUAUUCUGAAAUGGUUAAAAUACGAAUUACAGUUAGUUAACCCUAGAUUCGUACUUAAAAUAGAAUUAUAUUAAUUAACAGUAUCCUGGGGAACAGCUACCUUCAAUAAAAAAAAUCCCGAGGUAUCCGCGAGUCUUCCUGGCCUCGGCAAAUACACCGAAGUACAAAACAAUCCAAAUUCGCAAAAAAGCUAGGAAUGAUUUUAAUUAUUUGCUUUUAUUUGUAGCCCAGGGUACGCUUCUAGGACUACAGAAAAAUCUAGGAAUGAGAUUCUUUGGACUUAAUCGAAUUCGUACGAUGCGCCGAUAUGCAAAUGAUCGCUAAAAUGCUUUUCUUGAUCAAUCAUAUUCGUUUUUCGCUAUAUCUGCUAAUGAAUGAUACUUUAUGACGUUUAUAUACCACAGCGUUAGCUUUGAUAGAGAACGUAAAUAAAUUUAUUCAGAAGCCAGAUAAAGACGAACGUAAAUAAAUCUAUUCAGAAGCCAUAUAAAGACUGAGUAGCCUCCGGGGGCGGAUCUAAGAUGAUGCACCUCGCAAACGGGCUCAGAAAAUUCGUUUCUUAAAGAAUCUUGUCGCUCCUGGCCGCCUUUACCCUCUUCAGUUUUCACCAGGAGCUUGACGCCACGCAUUGAUAAGGGUUAUCUAUAUCGUGUGGAUUCCCUCGCACUGCAGAUCCAGCAAUUACUCGGAUGCAGUCCUGCAUAAAAGUAAUAAGUGGAAGACAUUUACUCAAAAAGAUACGGAAAUUUAUAUUUGUACCAUUGGAAAAUGGUUGACUAACAUGAUUCGGACAGUAAGAAGAAAAGGGCUAAUGCAAGCGGAACAUACGAGUAACUCUCGGAAAAUCGACGUCAAAUGCCGUCUUUCUUUUAAACGAGUGCUUGUUAGAUUUUGAUGUACUGAUAUCACACCGUCUUUGCGGCAUGAAAAGCUUUCUGGAGAGUAUGUAUCUUACUCAGAAGAUGGCGAGGUAGGGGUAUCAUAGGUUGCGUUAAUAAUUCUGUAUAUUUGUUUGUAUCUGGCAGGCACCACCCGCCACAGUAUCGGUGGUUCCGCAGGUACCGUAUAGGCCGUCGGCUUCCUGCGCGUAUUUCCAGCUUGUGAACAGGAUUCAGGGAGCGGGUGGAGUCCCUCAGGAGACCGUUGCUUCACAACUCACUCAAGAGCAGCUGCAGUACUAUCUGUACUACUAUUCGCAGCAGUAUCAUGAAUACUACAAGCAGAUGGGGCUGUAUCAACAGGGACUGGCCAGUAAUCCAGGACAAUUUAUACCUCCAGCCGACUUUCAGAGCCUGGAUCCGAAUAUCCAGGCAUACAUUCAACAUGUGACAUACAACCAGUACAUGCAGCAGUUUCAACAGCAAGCUUCCAACAAUUCUUACGCGCAGAUCGUUUCGAAUGUAAAUAAAGACAAUCCCUAUGCUGCGAAUGUGCCGCAGAUCCCUCAAAGUGUACAACAAAAGCAACCAGAAAAGGAACCCGUUGCAGAAAAACCAAAACAAGCGAUGAAAAAAUCACUACAUUGUCUUGCCGCAGCUUACGGAUCAGACUCUGAAUCGGAAGAUGAUGAUGAUGAUAAAGAAAACGAUGAAAAUGAAGAAACCUAUAGUCAUCCUACAGGGGAGAUGCAAGUGAUAAUAGACAAGAUGGCGUUAUAUGUAUCGAAAAACGGAGAACAGUUUGAGGAAAUAGUAAAAGCGAAAGCAGAUCCCAGAUUCAACUUUUUGAAUGACGGCCACGAAUUUAACAAAUAUUAUAGGGAGAAGAUUAAGGAAAUGAAAGGUGGGAACGCAGAAAAGAGUGCAAAGAAGGACGAUAGUGAUGAAAAAGAGAAAAAGGAAGAAAGUGAGAAAAGAGUAGUCAAGAAAGAAAAGAAAGUAAUUGCUCCAGUAUGUUUUUCAAUAAAAAAAUCCAAAGACGACACUCCGAAAGAAAUAAAAAGCGCCUUGCCCGUGGAAGAUAGUGACGAAGAAGAGGAGAAUGCCGCUCCUACACCACCUGUUGUUCCUGCACCCGCUUCACUUGUGGCUUCGCUGAAACAAAUUGCUGAGAAUAAGAAGAUCGAAAGACAAACUUUCUUGGAAGCUAAAUCGACAGAGACUAGAAAGUAUGAGAAAUCUGGCACAACGGAGAGUAAACAGUCCGAGUUAAGGGUGGAAAAACCAGCGACCAAACAUUCAGACUUAAAACAGACUAAUGAAAAAGAGAGGGAUGUGGUGGAUCAGAACCAAAAACUGGAUGUUAAGACAACCACUAAGGGUGAAGAAAAUGGAAGUAAUGGAUUGGACAACGAGAAGACAGUAAGAAGCAGAAGUGGCUCUAAGGAAAUGAGUCCGAUAAAGAAUGGCGUUUUGGAUGGGGAUGAUCCGAUUCUUGAACUCAUUGAACUGACAGGAGAGGAUAUUGAGGACAACAGUAAUAAUACAGCCGAAGGAAAACUCAAAAACAAGUUAGCAGCAGCAAAAGAAAGACUAAACGCCGUAUCCCGGUUGCAACUAGAGAGAAAGCGGAAAGCGGCCGCCUUUUUGAAGCUAAAAUCUACAGCUUUGCCACAACAAACACCUUCAGAAAAACAAGGAAGUCCGUUGAGGGGGAGUUCUGCUGAUGUGAUAGAUGAUACUGUGAAAAUAAACAGAGUCGAGAAGCAGGAGAGCGAUUCUGGAACUAGCAGAAGUAAAUCAAAAUCGCCUUUGAAGAUGGAAAUGGAAGCAAGAAUAAGUAUAUCAGAUGAUUCAGAGGUAGAGAGGGAGAGAAGGAGAGAAAAGAGGAAGCAUAAAUUGAGGGAGAGAUCGAGAACUAGGGAUAGGGAUAAAGUAAAAAAGAAAAAGAGGGAGAGACGAAAGAAAAGUCAUAAAAGAAAACAUUCCAAGAGCAAACACGACAAAAGCAAAAAGAAGCUGAUGAAAUCCCACAGAAUGUCUAACUCUGUAGAAAAUUCGUGUAGUUCAGAGAGUUCGUGAUCCAGACCGUAAUUGUCUUAAAUGCUAAAAUGAUUAUAUUAAUGAAUUUGUAAUGUUUUUCAUAUUGUACAAAAGGCAUGUAAAUAAAUAUUGAUUAUUUGUAUAAUAUA